AUGCGUUGAGCCGAAUAGAGAAGAAGAAAAAAAAUGGGAAGCCUGGAGCAUCAAGUGGGUAACACAGGAAGCAAACGGAUUGCUGCCUUGGACACCCCACCACCUCCAUCACGCAGUCAUGCUGCUCAUCAUCUUGAUUUAGAUGACCAGAAACCCGGGUGGAGAAAGUUUCUGGCCUUUGUUGGCCCUGGUUUUCUUGUCUCAUUGGCGUAUCUCGACCCUGGAAACUUGGAAACUGAUCUGCAAGCAGGAGCUAAUCAUGGGUUUGAGCUACUAUGGGUGGUGCUCAUAGGAUUGAUUUUCGCUCUCAUAAUCCAAUCCCUCGCUGCAAAUCUCGGUGUAAGCACAGGGAAGCAUCUUUCAGAGCUCUGCAAGGCCGAAUACCCCAUAAUUGUCAAGUAUUGCCUGUGGUUAUUAGCUGAGAUUGCUGUCAUUGCUGCCGAUAUUCCCGAAGUGAUAGGGACAGCCUUUGCACUGAAUAUACUUUUCAAGGUCCCCGUGUGGGCUGGGGUUCUCUUCACUGGCUUCAGCACUCUCCUGCUUCUUGGCCUGCAAAGAUAUGGGGUGAGGAAGUUAGAAUUGUUGAUAGCAGUGCUGGUAUUCAUAAUGGCUGGUUGUUUCUUUGGAGAAAUGAGUUAUGUGAAGCCUCCAGCCACAGGUGUUUUAAAGGGCAUGUUCAUUCCCAAGCUCAAAGGCCAGGGUGCCACCGGUGAUGCCAUUGCCCUCUUGGGUGCUCUUGUUAUGCCCCAUAAUCUCUUCCUCCAUUCUGCACUUGUACUUUCUAGGAAGGUGCCCAACUCAGUCCGUGGCAUCAAUGAGGCAUGUCGAUAUUUCUUGAUAGAGAGUGGAUUGGCAUUAUUCGUAGCAUUUUUAAUCAAUGUUGCAGUUGUUUCCGUGUCGGGUACUGUUUGUUCUGCUGACAAUCUUUCACAAGAAAACUUGGAUCAGUGCAAUGAUCUUAAUCUUAAUUCUGCUUCUUUCCUCCUCAAGAAUGUGUUGGGAGGGUCAAGCAAGGUGGUCUAUGCCAUUGCACUGUUUGCCUCAGGCCAAAGUUCCACCAUCACAGGCACUUAUGCUGGACAAUUUAUCAUGCAGGGUUUCUUGGAUAUUAAAAUGAGGAAAUGGCUGAGGAACCUGAUGACUAGAAGCAUUGCCAUUACACCUAGUCUCAUUGUCUCCAUUAUUGGUGGAUCUGCUGGUGCCGGCCGACUCAUUAUCAUUGCAUCAAUGAUUCUCUCAUUUGAACUUCCAUUUGCGCUGAUCCCACUCCUGAAAUUUAGUAGCAGUAACACCAAGAUGGGCCCUCAUAAGAAUUCAAUAUACAUCAUAGUAAUUUCGUGGAUCCUGGGAUUCGGAAUCAUCGGCAUCAAUAUUUAUUACCUAUCCACCAGCUUCGUAGGUUGGCUGCUUCACAAUAAUCUCCCCAAGGUGGGAAAUGUGUUCAUUGGGAUCAUAGUAUUUCCCCUCAUGGCUAUAUAUAUCCUCUCAGUCAUCUAUCUCACCACCCGGAAAGACACUGUGGUGACAUUCAUCGAACCAGAAAAGAAUGAUCCGAAUGUCCAAAAUCAUAUGGAAAAUGGGUUCGACCAGACUGAUGGAGUGUUCGAAUUAGGCCAUGUUCCAUAUAGGGAGGAUCUUGCUGACAUCCCAUUACCAAAGUAAUUAGGAGCGUUUAUGGGAGAAGAGUGUUGCCAGGAAGGAGGAGCUCCUGAUGACUGGUUGUUGUGCUAGCGAUCAGUGAUAUGUAUGUGAUUUGUGCAAUGCCAUAUGUAGCUUUUCUCAAACAGAAGUAUCAGUACAAGUUUUUAUGUUGUUGAACGUUGUUGUAUUGUAGUAGUGGAAGGCAAUACGUAUACAGUGGAAUAAUCAAGUCUACCUUGAAGAAAACGAAUAAAUAGGGUUCCUCUU